AGCCUGACCGCCAGAGCGGCACAGCGCGGCGCGCCAUGCUGCGGGUGUGCUCGGCCGCCUCGGGCGGCGAAGUCGUCACCCUGGACGCCGAGGAGCUCCAUGGUUUGGUGGAGCAGAGCGGCGACUGCGUCAGGGCCUUGAAGGACUUCCUCUCGACGCGGCCGCCCAACUUCUCCCGGUUCCGGCAACGGAUCCUGAGCGGGUCCGGGGAGCUUCAGGAUGAGGUGCCGUUGACGUCGUUCUUUCCCGGAGAUCUGCAACUGCUGAUCCUCGAGUUGGCCGAUGAGAUGGGAAUCUUUGAGGUCUGUGGCCAGGCAGAGCGCCUGGAAGCCGUGCUUCAACAACCGGCGAAUCCGCGGCUGGUGGACCCGUACGGACGAUGUCCACUGCACCUGGCGGCGGGCGACGGCGAGGUGCGCUGCUUGCGCUUGUUGUUGGAGGCGCAGGCGUCCGUCCACCAGAAGACCUCCACCGGCGCCACGGUGCUGCACUUCGGAGCUCAGAACGGCUGCAUCGAGGCCUUGCAGCUCUUGUUGGAGCUGGGUGGUGAGGUGGAGAAGGGCAGCAACACUGGACUCAUGCCCUUGCACCUGGGAGCUCUUCAUGGACAUGUGGAAGUGCUCCGGUUGUUGUUGGAUCACAAGGCCUCUCAAGAGCGCAGCACCAGCGACACGGGAGAGCGAGCUCUGCACCUGGCAGCGCGGCAGGGUCAUACUGAGGUGGUGCAACUCUUGCUGGAGCAAAGCGCGCGGACGUCCGACGCCGCGCAGAGACAUGACGCCGCGAAUGCCACGACGUUGCGGGGAGAGACGCCCUUGCACCUCGCGGCGCGGUUUGGACACCUGGAGAUCGUCCGAGUGCUGCUCCACUACGGGGCGGCGAAGAUGCCCAUGUGUGAACAUGGCACUCCACUGCACUUGGCCGUGCAGGGCAACCACCUGGAGCUGGUCAGUUUCCUGCUGGAUGCGGACGUCGACCUGGAGUUGAGCACGGCCCAUCCGGCCUCCACGCCGCUGCACAUCGCCUGCUGCGCGGGGUACGUGGACCUGGUGGAGCUACUGCUGGCGCGUCAAGCACAAGCAGAUCGAGGAGGCGGAGCUGAAGGCAGAGGAGCAACGCCCCUGCAGAUGGCAACUCACAAUGGACAUGCAGCGGUGAUGAUGUUUUUGCUCGAGGCGGGCGCUUCUGCGACGAAGACCACGUUGGACAGCCCCGAUCCGCCGAUGCAUCUGGCAGCUCGAGUCGGACACUUGGAGCCGGUGCGCCUCUUGCUUCACGCGCGCGCCGACCUGGAGGCCGUCGGCAGUUCCAACUGCACCGCGCUCCAGUCCGCGGUGCGCGGCGGCCACACGCCCGUCGUGGCCGAGUUGCUCGCCGCGGGCGCGGCGGUGUCUGCUCGCGACGACAAGGGCCACAGCGCGUUGCACGAAGCAGCGCAGAGGGGAAACGUGGAUUUGGCACAUCUCUUGUUGCUUCACGGUGCUCCCGUCGACGCGUUGACCACCGACAGCCUGACGCCGUUGCACUUGGCCGCCUGGAAGAACCAUGUGGCGUUGGUGCGUCUCCUGCUGGAGGCCAAGGCCUCGGUGAACCGUAGCACACCAGAUGGACCGGUGCCCUUACUGAUGGCGGCAUAUGUGGGGAAUGUGGAGGUGGUUCAAUUGCUGCUAGAGUUCGGCGCCGAGGACCAGUUGAGCGCCGAGGGCUUCUCCGCCUUGCACCGGGCGGCGCAGAAGGGUCAUCUCGAAGUGGUUCGACUGUUGCUGUCGAAGGUGAGAGCUGGAGGAGUUCAUCCACUGGGAGACGAAGCGACCACGGCCUUACAUCUGGCAGCUGCCAAUGGUCAUGUGGAAGUGGUGCGUUUGUUGCUGGAAGUCUUUGACAAGGAUCUGGCCAACAAGCGUGGGGAGACGCCACUGCACCUUGCAGCUAGGGAGGGUCAGCUUGAGGUGAUGCGACUCCUAUUGGAACUGGGCGCUGACAAAGAGAAGGGCAGCCAGCAUGGCGAUACGCCCUUGCACCUCUGCGCGCGCGGGGGCGCCGAGUGUCUGGACUCCGUGCGCUUCUUGCUGGAGCACCGGGCACCAGUCGACUCGAAGAGUCACUUGCGCGCCACGCCGCUGCACUUGGCCGUGCGAAGCGGAUCGGUGGACUUGGUUCAGGUACUGAUUGAUGCUGGAGCAGCCAAAGAUGUGGUGUCUCUCGAUGGAAACACACCGCUGCUUUGGGCGAUCAAGGAGAGACACGUGGAAGUCGCAGGUCUGUUGCUCGCGCUGAAGGCUGAGAUGACCAAGGCUACACGAGAUCUCUCGGACAACCUACUGACCACGCCGCUUCACAAGGCCGCGCAGAUGGGCGACCGAGAGAUGUUGCAGCUGUUGCUGGACCAUGGCUGCCCCGUCGACGAGUGCGCCGACGAGCUGACGCCCUUGCACAUGGCGACCAUGAAUGGACAUGCCGCAGUGGCCCAACGCCUGAUCGAUGAAGAGGCGGAGAUCAAUAAGGCCAGCCAGAUCGGCAUGACGCCCCUGCAUAUGGCCGCUCGAGAACAGCACUCCGAGUUGCUGCGUCUCCUGCUACGGCGCCCCGACUGCGCCAUCGAUGCUGUGGACCGACGGGGGCAAAGUGCCUUGCACCUGGCAGCAGAGCUGGGGCACGUGGAGAUGGUGCGAGCGUUGCUGGAGGCUGGAGCACAGAAGGACCAAGCGGCCGCUGACGGUCGCACACCCGUGCAAUUCGCCCGCGGCCAUUCGAACGUGGUGCAGCUCUUGCUUCUCAGCUGUUCUCCAAAACCGUUGAGGUUCUCAUGUGACCGGGCUGAUAGCUUUCAAACGAGCUCGACUGACCUGGUGUCAACCUCGCGACACCACCCGCCGCCGCGCGGGUCGACAUCGGACGCGGACAUUGGAUGGCCGUCCAACUAACCCUUGGACCGUCCUGGCAAUGAGUGUCCCCACCCCCGACCUGCGUCAGGUUGCAGGCUGGUGCCGCACCACAGAGGAGCGAGAGGGCAAGGACCAGCGGAAAGGGCAAAGGAGGGCGAGGUGGAAAGAAUGGAGGAAAGGGCAAGAAAGGCAGCAAAGGUGACCUGUUUCACCAAGCUUGGUACUGCCAGGCAUGAAGGCUCUUUGAAUCCUGAAAAGGCUUGUCCUGCCAGUCCGCUGCCGCUGCUCACUGUGCUCGUCCCGAAUCCUCAUAGGUGUUCACGGGGCGAAUCCACCGAUGUAAAGGAUCUCAAUGAACACAUGGGCCGCUUAUAAAACAGG